UACGCGAGGAUGGCGGACUCGGCCUCCCCGGAGGACACGCUGCCUGAGGAGGAGAGGGACUUUCAGAAGGUCGUAUCUCUGAUCGGAGGCAGAGAGAGGAUCUAUUUGGUCAGUGACGCCUGUAAAAGUAAAGAGGUGGACGGAGACGACGUUGGAAUACUGCAGGAGUUCGUACGUGACAUGUUCCACAACGGCAGCCCUGCGAGCAUUAACGGCCAGCUGCAGCCGUGUCCGUCCGGCAGACACGACGACGCUGCAGGUGAAAGCGUUUGCUGUAAGACAGAGACCGGUAAAAGCAACGAAAUCCCUCUGACAGCGAGGCCCAAGGAUUUGGAAUUGGGAGAGGAGCGAGAGAAAGAGAAGCAAGAUGGAAAUGUCCAAAAAACUAUUUCGCGGAGGGCGAACAUUUACAGCCUGAAGCGGGCGAUAGACUCCCCAGUCAUCAUAUUCAUCUUUAGAGAGACGUUUAUCAGCCAAAGUCCCAACGAAGUGUGUCUAAAAGAGAUCCUGAGAGACAUAAAGGCGCGCACCAAACGUAGCCGAAUAGCCCGACCGGCUCUGAUUGGAUUAAUACGCACGACACAGGAAAGCGCCGAGACGCGUCGGUGCGCGCAGCAACUGGAGAGUUUGAUCCGCGCGGUGUUCCAUAAACAAUCACCGGAGACAAUAUGGGUCGGCUGUUUCAUCCCGCAGACAGAGGACAAAAUGCUCAGCAUCAAGAAAAACACCUGCAAAGUCAUAUACUCCUCUCAAACAGCAGAUCAUACCGGGGAUAGAGGGAACCCACUUCUCUGGCCAUUCCAAUGUUGGUUUAGGCCUCAGAGAGAAGAAGACAGAGGCCAGGCCAACAGCUCUGCAAGCAGCAGGCAAAGAGGCGACACUGGAAGCCCCGAUGAAGGCGUCCCUCUGAAAACCGAUGCCUUGUCUGCUGAAUCUCAUGUGAAUGGAAACCCAGCUGGAGAAGACAGCUGAUGUCAGAACACAUGACCUGCAGGUCCAUCACUGUGAACAGUCGUGCUUUUACUGUGAAAAGUUGGCUUAUUGGUGCUACAGAACCUUACCAUAUUACAGCCGACAUGAUAUCCGAACUGAAGCAGUAUGCUGCUGGUGUACGCACUGUGUUGUACAAUAGUUAGCCACAAAGGGAUGUGUUGUACUUGUAACCUGCUGAUCAGUUUAAUACCACAGUAUUUUUUGUUGUUGUUUUUUUCUUUUUGACAGAAGCCCUUUGAUAGAAACUUGCAUAUUAUAGGCUGAGACUGCAGUAAAGAAAGGCAGGCUUACGGCGUACAUACACCUUUAACAUGACAUUUAAUCAAGUACAGGAGUGGGUAACUAUCUGAAAGAAAUGGCUCAGUCCCAGCUCACUGUGUGUCAGCUGGUUUGUGUGAUUUUGAUUUAUCCAGGAAUAUACACUACUAAAGCACAAUAUCGACAGAUAUAUUAGGGGCCUUAAAGUGGACCAAGCUUUAUUACUGUACCUGACCGUAAAAAGGAUCUUUGCUCCAAAAUGUUAGUUUUUACUUUGUGUAUAUUUUGCAUUUUCUCAUGAUGACACAGCUCUUAUGGGACCAGAUAACCUGGAUCACCGGAUGUAGAUUGCAGAUAUAAUCCUGCCAUUUCCGGCUCUUUUAAUGUGGCUCUCUUCCCCUUUCGCUGUCUGCAAAAUGUAAUUCGUUAUGGGAAGCAGCAACAACAACAACAUACCACAGUAAUUUCGAGUUUUCCUGAUGAUUUAGAUCAUGCAGAAAGGCUACCCUAGUGGUUUUUUAAGUGAACGAGCCGCUUUUUUCACAGUUCUCGCCUCUAUGUGUGCAAGUGUUUCACCAAAACAGUUCCACCUGUCACUAUUUUAAGGGGACUCCUGGUGCUGUAUCCUACAUUGAGCUCCCCCAAAACAACUGUGAUUGGUUUAAAGGAAUCCAGACGAACUCGUGUUUUUCUAUCUGUAGCAGAAUGAUAAUGAGGUGCAGCUUCGUGAGACUACAGGCCAGGUGAAGCACUGCACCUGCUGCAUAGAAAACUGGUGUAACUAGGGAUCAUAAGCGGCCAAGCAGGUUUUUAUGUGAAUUUUUUGGAAUUCUCACUUUCAUUUGAUAGGAUCGUGUGCCUUAGAGAAGUGCUAUUGACACUAGCAUUAUCUGUUGUAGAAAUGUAACUCUGCUUGUCACUUUAAAUGCAUUUCUGUCAGCUACUGGUUCGUCCAUUCAAAUAAAGACAUUCAAACUUG